CUGAAAUUGAGACGCCCAUGAUAAUUGCUAUCUGGCUAUAUACUCAUCGAAGAUUCGAAAUCGCCCACCUCUACUCGGCCACCGAACUCUGCACACACACAAACGUCACGUGAUAUCCUACUUGAUUCAGCGGAAUCGGAAUGCGCCGACUGCCGAUGUUUCACGUUCGAGUCGUUCGCUUGUCGGUUCGGCUGCUUCCGCCGGAGCUCGGCUGAAGUAUGAAUUCGUCGGAGAUUUCUUGUUGACUGUCGUUGUCGUUGUUUUGUUACGAGUUUAUGAGGGAGUUUCGUCACAGUUGUUUACGUUUGUACGUGUCGCUCAUCGAAUUUUCGCAUCAUUAGUGUUUUCCUUGGUUUCUAAAUCUUAUAUCUUGUUACCUACCUGGUACUUUUGUAUUUAUUCAGUUUAGCUGGUCAUUGCAAUGAGAAAGUACGUAGGACCAAUCCGCUGUUCCGUACUAGGCUGCAAAAAUACGAAUUUAAACAGUUCCAGGAGUUUCUUUCGGUUACCAAAAUGUAAAAAACGGGCUAGGAGGUGGAUGGAUGCUUGCCCCUUGACUGAUCAUGCAGACCUCAGUAAAAUUAAAGUAUGCUCGGACCAUUUUGAAAACUGUUACUUGAACAGCCAUGGCAACAGGCUAAUGGCUGACCCUGUCCCUACGAUUUUUCCUUCGUUUCAUGGACCUUCUACUCCAUCCAGUGAUUCACAAUGGUUUGAAAUAUCGGCUCAUACUGAUGGUGCUGGUCAGGAACAUAAUAACUUCAUUAACGAUGGCCGGAUAAUGACGCUUGAUAACGGAUUGAUAGUUACCCAGUAUGUGGUACCCGAUAUCGAAUUGCCCCCUCUGGUACCCAUAAAAAGGGAUGGGGCAGCAUUAGGAUUCAACAGUUUGUCCCGGAGGAGUACACCUUACUCCAGGCUUCUAGACGAUGACACGGUACCACCUCUGGUUCCGAUAAGCAGGCAGAACACUCAAUGGUACACGUCUAGUUCACCAUGUACCGAUGUACCGCCUUUAGUACCGUUUGAACCUGCUUCUAGAAAGUCGGACACCACAUGUUAUGCAGAUGUGAAGUUGGAGGACAAUCCGUUGACCUCGACGAUGAAGAUGGAAGAGAUCGAUAUUGAAUUGACCACAGUCAAGGUGGAGGAAUCUGAAAGGAUUGCCGCUAGCGACCGUACUGAGGUUGGAUUGGAUCUGAAGAAGGAGGAGGACCAAGAUUUAGACGAAAAAGCCGAUAUACGGCUGUUGAUUGACAGCGAGAGCGCAGAAUCCUAUUUUGACGCACCCGACUAUGUUUGGAUAAAAAGAGAACCGUGA